AUGGGGCGGGGCUCGUAAACAGAGAAAUCUAAAUAAAGGAUCGUGCAGAAACAUUGUUUUUUUUUACCCCCCCCUCCUCUUUAAAGUAGCUUUUCUACUUUUUCUCCACUUAGUAAAGAGGUUCAGUGAUGCCGAUACGCCGAGUACCAGCGACUCCUACCCCGGAGAAGACCCCCUCUUCUUCCUCCUCCUCCGCUGCUGCUGCUGCUGCUGCAGAGAAAGAGCCUGAAGCGUCCUCAGAGGAGUCACCCGCCGCCGCCGAAGAGGAGCCGGCUGCACCUUCAGCCGCGCCCGCCGAGGGCGAGGAGGCCGAGGCCACGGCCGAGACGGAGCCCACAGAGAAUGGAGAGAAAGCCGAAGAACCCACGGAGGAGAAGGUUGAAGAAGGGACAGAAAAGAAAGAGGACAAAUGCAAGGACUGCGCGGCUGGACAGUGUGCAACACACUGCUAUGUUCUCCUACUAAGGUUGAAGGAUGGCUACAAGUACGUGAAAGGCAAAGCCAAGAAGGUGAAACGGACGAUUCCCGCGUGGGCUAGCGUCGCCGCCGCCAACAAAAAGCUUCCUGUUACCAACUUUGCAGGCACUCAGAACAAAGUGGAUAAUAUUAUCAUCGAAGCUAUUACGUCUUGUAACGACAAGUCUGGAGUUUCGUACCAGUCCUUCAUGAAAUAUAUUCUGAAAAAAUACCCGGAGAUGGAGCUCAGCAAGAAGAAGUUUCUCAUCAAGAAAGCAAUGAAGAAACAUUUGGAGAAGGGAACCAUCAAACAGCUGAAGGGAAAAGGCCUCUCAGGAACCUUCGCCAUCGGGAAGCAGUCCACCAAUACUAAGAAACCAGCUGUGAAGGCCGAGGCUCUGGGAGACGCUCUUCCUCUCAUCAUCACUCGGCUCUGUGAGCCCAAAGAGGCCUCCUACUACCUGAUCAAGAAAUACCUGGAGCAGCACUUCCCCAACUUAAACAUCAAAAACAGGCCAGAUAUACUGAAGUCGGCGCUGGUGAGGGCGGUGGAGAAAGGACAUCUGGAGCAAAUCACUGGGAAAGGAGCCAAUGGGACUUUCCAGCUGAAGCGUACCGGUAACCAGGUCCUGCUGAAGGGCAGCAACCUGGAGGACGCCAUCACAGCCGCCAUCACAGCCAUGAAUGAACCUAAAACGUGCAGCACCACCACUCUGCGCAGAUACCUAGUGGACGCAAACAAGGACAGAAAGGAGUACCAACUAGUGGCCAGUCUGAGGAGGACUCUGACAAAAUGUAAAGUACUGGGCUGGAUGGAGCAGAUCACCGGUCACGGCUUCACAGGGACCUACCAGCUCUCGUUCCCCUUCUACCCGAGCCCUGCCAUCCUGUACCCAGACAAGUUCAACGACCUUUCAAAGAAAAACCCGCCACCCAAGCGGAGGCGGACGGUUGAAUCUUCUGACGAAGAUGAAGAGUCAGAGUCUGAGUCUGAGGAAGAGGAAGAGUCUGAGGACGAAGCUCCCUCGCGGAAAAGUAGAUCUCAGAAGAGGCCUCCACCAAAGGCUCGCCGUCCCCCACCGGCCAAGAAAUCCCAGAGCUCCAGUCAGUCAAAAGCUAAAGGGCGGGGACGCUCCCUCGCAAAGAAGUCUCCGGCCAAGAAGGCGGCGUCUCCGGCCAAGCGAGGGGGAAGGAAACCAUCGGCCUCCAAGAAGGAAACCACGCCGCCACCCAAAGCCACGCCCGUCAAGAGAGGAGCUCCCGCGAGAAAGCCCAAAACGCCGGCCGUUAAAAAGCUCACCAAGAGGGGGUCCAAGCGGCCGGCGUCCAGAGAUUCAUCCCCGGAGGAGGUCGUGGUCGCCAAGGAGACGACGAGGGGCGGGUCCAAGCGAUCGAAGACGGAGGAGUCGUCCCCCAAGGAGCCCGCGGUUAAAAAGGCGGCGACCAAAGGCGGGUCCAAGCGGACGGCGUCUGAAGAGACGACCCCAGAGAAACCCGUAGUCAAAAAGGGGGCAGCGAAGAGCAGCAAGAAGACGACCCGCAAGUCCAAGAGAGGGAAAUACUGAACCAGGAGAGCCUCCACGAACUGGGCCGCUCUGAACCUGCAGCAGUUUGCCGCGUUGUUUCAAUAUUCUCUCUUUUUUAUCAUUUUCUCCCCUUUUUAACAGGGCAGUAGUUUUUUUUGUUUGUUGUUUGUUUUUUUUCAUUUCUAUUGUAGAUUAAGAAUGUUAUCCUUCCAACUUUGACUGUACACUGAACGUUUUUUUUUGGGUUUCCUUUUUAAUCACCAUGUGUAGAAAAAGCUGAGAUAGUAUUGCCGUUAAAAACAGAUGUGUGACCAGCGAAAAGCAUAGCGAGAUAAAACAAACUGUAACUAGAGCCAUGUAGUGACUCCCGGUUUUCUAUCCGUUUCUCGCCCACUCUUUAGUCGUUGGCAGCACACGUUCCUAAUAUCAAAUGAAGUCAGAUAACGAUGUUUGAGGGUUGAAAAAAAAUAUGGGUCGAAAAGUUGAAACCGUUCCGAGUAUUUUAUAAAACACAGAUUUUAAGGUUGUUGUCCUGCAUCGUGGGAUGAAAAAAUAUUUUUGACUGUGCAGUCCUGCAUCAGAAUUUGAAUUUUUAAUCCAUCCUUUUUAAUUAUAUUAUGAAUUAUUAUUAUUGUUUACAAUGAUUUGAUAUUUGUUAAUUUAAAACAAAACAAAAAAAAUGCCCCCAGAAAAAGAUUUUGUCCUGCAGGUCGUAACAGAGGAGAGAAAACACUAUGUUAGUAUUCAUUCCAAACACAUCUGGGGAAAAAUGUCUCUUUUGAUACGUGUCUGUAACGAGCAUAUACAUGAAUUGAUUUUAUCGCUUCACAGCUGUGAUUCAGUACCAAACUGUAAGAAAUGUGUUGUUAAUAAGAAAAAGGAGGAUAAUAGCUCAUACAUACCCUGCAUGCAUGUAUUCCUUGUGUUGUUAAGCUUUUUUUCCAAGUCAUUAAUAAAAUGGCUAUAUUUGUAAACUCUU